GAAACGAGCGGAUUUAAGUUUGACGCUCUGCGACCUCCGUACAAAGUGCAUCAUCAGAAUGGUUCUAGAAAAGAAAUUUUCAGCUCGGGUGGAAGCAGGGCAACGCCGGGUUCUGGAUGAAGCCACGCGUCAGCGGAGACUCAGCCGCCAGCUGGAGGCGCUGGAGAAGGACAACUUCCAGGAUGAUCCGCUGUCCUCGCUGCCUCCGCCCGGUCCGACCGCCCGACUGCCGGCCUUCAGUGAGACAGAGGAGCCAGAGAAGAAGAAGAGGAAGACGCGCGGCGACCACUUCAAGCAGCGAUUCAGGAAAAACUUCACCACCCUUCUGGAGGAGGAGAACCUGACAGAGAAGCCAGAACCUAACUACCUGUCAGCAGUAGCCCCGCCCUCUUCUCUUCCGCCACGUCACUUCUGCUGCGUGUGCGGCUUCCCGUCACACUACACCUGUACGACCUGCGGGGGGCGCUACUGCUGCAGCAAGUGCCUGUGCACGCACCGAGAGACCAGGUGUCUGAAGUGGACGCUGUAGCCCGUCACCAUGGUAACAGCCGCCAGCAACAUUCUCAGGAGGACGCGGAGCAUUUUACAACCGACCACAAGGUGGCGAUGCUGCUCACAUUACAGAAACAAGGCUGCACCUUUUUUUUUGUCCAAAAGUG